GGCUGCUUCCCCCUUCGUCUCUCGCCGCGCCGGCUCGCCGGAGCCCCUGCGGUCGGGAGGGAGCGUUACGGAGGCUCCUUCUCCCCUCGCCUAGCCGGUUGCUAUCGCCCUCCCUGCGGCCCUGAGGAGGCUCCGAGGCUGCCCCUUUCCCUUCCACCUCCCGGUGUUCCCCCGCCGCCUGGGGGAGUAGCGAUUUGCUGGCGUGAGGCUGCCUGCUUCCUUCCUGCCUGGGGAAAUAAUGAACAAAGUGUGCCACAGCUCUUGAUCAGAGACUUGAAGCUGGAGAAGCCCUUAGCUAAGCUCAUGUUUUCUCCUGAUCAAGAAAAUCAUCCAUCAAAAGCACCAGUCAAAUAUGGUGAACUGAUCGUGCUAGGGUACAAUGGGUCUCUCCCAAAUGGAGACAGAGGAAGAAGAAAAAGUAGAUUUGCUUUGUUUAAAAGGCCCAAGGCAAAUGGGGUGAAACCCAGCACUGUGCAUAUUGCCUGUACCCCUCAAGCAGCAAAGGCAAUCAGCAAUAAGGACCAACACAGCAUCUCUUACACUUUGUCUCGGGCCCAGACAGUAGUAGUUGAAUAUACCCAUGACAGCAGCACAGAUAUGUUCCAGAUCGGCCGCUCGACGGAGAGCCCCAUCGACUUCGUGGUGACGGACACGGUGCCGGGCAGCCAGAGCAACGCGGACACGCAGUCGGUGCAGAGCACCAUCUCCAGGUUUGCCUGCAGGAUCAUCUGCGAGCGCAGCCCCCCCUUCACCGCCAGGAUAUACGCCGCCGGCUUCGACUCCUCCAAGAACAUCUUCCUGGGGGAGAAGGCUGCCAAAUGGAAGACGUCUGAUGGGCAAAUGGAUGGGCUGACCACCAAUGGAGUUCUUGUCAUGCAUCCUCGGAAUGGAUUUACAGAGGACUCCAAGCCAGGGGUGUGGAGAGAGAUCUCUGUGUGUGGGAAUGUCUUCAGCCUCCGUGAAACCAGAUCAGCUCAGCAGAGGGGAAAAAUGGUAAGAGUGGAGAAUGAAUCCAACCAGCUGCAGGACGGCUCCCUGAUCGACCUGUGCGGGGCCACGCUGCUGUGGCGCACGGCCGAGGGGCUGGCGCGCACGCCCACCGUCAAGCACCUGGAGGCGCUGCGGCAGGAGAUCAACGCGGCCAGGCCCCAGUGCCCCGUGGGCUUCAACACCUUGGCCUUCCCCAGCAUGAAGAGGAAAGAUGUGGUGGAUGAGAAGCAGCCCUGGGUGUACCUGAACUGCGGCCACGUCCACGGCUACCACAACUGGGGAAACAAAGAGGAGAGGGACGGCAAGGACCGCGAGUGCCCCAUGUGCCGCUCGGUCGGCCCCUACGUGCCGCUGUGGCUGGGCUGCGAGGCCGGCUUCUACGUGGACGCGGGACCUCCCACCCACGCCUUCAGCCCCUGCGGACACGUCUGCUCGGAAAAGACGACUGCUUACUGGUCCCAAAUCCCCCUGCCCCACGGCACGCACACGUUCCACGCCGCCUGCCCCUUCUGCGCCCAUCAGCUGGCUGGUGAGCAGGGCUACAUCAGGCUCAUCUUCCAGGGACCGCUGGACUAGCCGCGGCCUCAAUAAACACAUCCGCCAAGGCUCCGGCUCUCCGACCGCUCCUUUUUCCUCCUCUGGGCUUUGCUGGUUUCCUUACAAUGAAGAAUCUUGUGGGGGGAGGAGGUUUGUUCUUCUCACUUGAGAAAAAGCUUGGCAACGGAGGGACAAGAGACAGCUCUCGGGUGGCUGUGU